AUGAAUGCCAUCGGGCCUCUUCCACUUCAAACGGCUCCAGAGGAGUACGGAGAGCUCUGUGUGAAGAGACUGCUGGUCCUGUGCCAUGUCGACCUGCAGGAAGCCCGCACCUUCAACAGCUUCCUGGCCUUCUAUGGCAUCCGCCAGGAGGAUCCGCGUCUGCAGCAGGCGCUGCUGGCGCUGAGCCGAGACUCGGUGGCCUCGCUGCCGCUGGACGGCAGCCCGCCGCGGGGUGCCGGGGAGCGCGAGAAGGCGAGCGAGCCCAGCAGAUGUUCCUUCACUCCCCUGCGGCCAAGGAACUUGAGCUACAGCUGCUGCGACACCACGAAGCUGGAGGAGGUGAUCGCGCAGGUGGCCGCCUCGGCCUUCGCCGAGAAGGAGGAGAGGGCACCAGAGCAGCUGCCAAAGCAGGAAGCCCUGCCUCCCAAGGCGAGGAGGGAGGGGCAGAGGGGCAUGGAGCCUCGCUUGGGUGUAAAAUAG